CGGAGGAGAGAAAAGGAAGAAAAAUCAUGUUGUCUCCGACCCCACUCUCUCUCUUUUGUGCUGUACUCCUUUGCUUUCCUUUAGCCGUCAUUAUAACGAUUACUUCUCCGACAACCACCGUCCCUGGUGGUACCGGCGACGAUUCUAUUCCAAAUUUGGUCCCCCCAUCCGUAUCCCAUCAAAGAUUCUCCUCCAAGCCACUGAAUUUACCACUGCAUGAUGAAGAUUCACUCCUCCGAGUCGCUUCUCGAGUUAACUCGAAACUCCCUCCUGGUUCGCUGAAAAAGAUUGCGUUUUUAUACCUUACUAUGUCGCCUCUGCCUUUUGCUCCUCUGUGGGAGGUUUAUUUGAACCAAACCCCCAAAAACCUCUUCAAUGUUUACCUGCAUGCCGACCCGAGUUACCCUUACCACCCGCCGUUCUCGGGUGUGUUCGCUCACCGAGUCAUCCCUUCUAAACCCGCUCUCCGUUUCACCCCUACUCUCGCUUCCGCUGCCCGGAGGUUAUUGGCUCACGCGCUGCUUCAUGAUCGUUCGAAUUACAUGUUUGUCCUCUUGUCCGCCAAUUGCAUACCCAUUCAUUCUUUUAACUUCACCUACGAAACGCUAACCCGGUCUAAGAAAAGCUUCAUCGAGAUUCUGAAAAACGAGGUGGGGAGUUUCGAUAGGUGGGCGGCGCGUGGGCAGGACGCGAUGCUGCCGGUGGUUAAGUUGGAGGAUUUCAGGAUAGGGUCCCAAUUUUGGUCUCUGACACGUAAGCACGCGAGGCUCGUCGUUGGUGACGAGAUGGUCUGGGCGAGGUUCAACCAACCGUGCGUGGUCUGGGACACGUGUUACCCGGAGGAAAACUAUUUUCCCACACUCUUACACAUGAGGGACCCACGUGGCGUAGUGCCAGUCACUCUGACGCACGUGGACUGGAACGGCAGCUUCGACGGUCACCCGCGGAUGUACGUGGAGUCCGAGAUUACGCGCCAGCUGAUCUCACGGCUGAGAAACGACAAGCCUCGUUACGGGGAUGAUGGAACCAAGGGCUCCGAUUCUCCGAUCACACAAGGGCGGCAUUUUCCGUUCUUGUUUGCCCGGAAGUUCUCGCCGGAGUCAGUUCUGCCAUUGUUGAAAAUAGCAAGCGACUUCAUAUUCAAGGAUUAACAGAUUGUUGUAAAUUUCCUCUCUUUUUCCUCUUUAAAGUUUAAAACUGUUAAAGUGAAAACACAAACACCAUAUAAAAAGACGGGAAAGAACCCAGUGAUGUUUGUUUGUG